AUGCCCUCAAAGACGAAUGACAAGUAUAGGGAUCUAGAGGUCCGCGAGCCACUCAAGGGGGAGGUUCAGGGAGGGGGCAAGGAAUGCGCGCCAAGUCAGUGGUCGGCUACAAAGGGGCAGAUGAUGGCAUCGGAACACAAGAAGCGAGGAGGCGACUACAGGGUCGACGAGAAACAUGAGACAGCCACAGACGAAGAGUGCAGCUCGGCGAAGGGAUACGUCAAGAUUCACAAGAAGAGCGUCAGCGACUGCACAACGCACUGGGACGACCCGGAAUAUAUGGAAAGCAAUGAGCGGGAAUACCGAAAGUUCCAGCAAGAGGAGCGCAGGACCAAGGGUAGUAGCUCGCAGGAGGAGGAGGGUGGGAAGAAGCGUGGGCGGGGAGCGAACGCGGUAUGCGCGAACAAGAAAGCAAAGAAUACAGGGGGAGGUGACGGGGAGCCAACAGGGGCAGCGGGAGACAAGACGCGGGUUCCGAAGAGGGGUCAACAGGUGCAGUGGCAUGGGCACGGUGAGAUUGAUAAGGGCCAAGUGGUCGAAGUGUUGUACGAGGAGAAGGAAGUUGAGGGCAAGAGGGUUGAGGCGAGCAGGGAAGACCCCCGGGUUGUAAUCAAGAGUGAGUUGUCAGGGGAGACGAAGGUGCUGGAGCCGGAAGCAGUUUAUUUUGAAUAA